AUGAGGCAAGAGAAGCAAGAUAAGUCCUCUAUUCCAUAUGCCUGGUACUGGCACGGCAAACCCCUCCGGACUGGUCUUGCCCAGGGAGAGAAGAUCAGACCCGUCUGUACAGGAUCACAUAUCCUCCAGACAUCCGACCACGGUACGGCUGAUCGAGCAUGCUGUUCUAGCAAUAUCCCCGACAAACAAUCCUAUCCAUGCGGACAUGGACAUGGCAACAACGCAGAAAACCACCACUGGAUCCCAGAGCCACCGCAGCAGAACCCAAACUCCUGCUCUUCUGGAGUGCAACAACCAAGGCCUUGCGGUUCGGAAGGGCAACAGGGUGAGAUCCCCAGCUGUUCCGCCCCGACUUUCACCUGUCAAGGCUGUGCACGCGACACUUCCCGCCCAGAGCCCUGCUCUCUAGAUAGAUACUGCACAUGUACAGCCGAAAGCACCUGUCUCCCUGGAUAUCCAUACGGCCAGUCCUACCCAGCAAGCAGAUGUAGAUUCUAUCCCCAUCCCAAGCCUGACAUAUCCGGCAGCGACUCACCAAGACCGAGAAGCCAUUAUCCGUCUGCACCGGUAAAGUGUCAACAGAGCUUCACUCGGUUUGAGAGCUGUGAUCGCUUCGACUGCUGCGAGGAUACCUUCUUCAGCAAGUGUGAGUAUUCCACCGAGGAGUCGAUGAGGACGGACCACGACUACGACGCGGACUUUGAGACGAGAUCUUAUCAUCGUCGGCGUCCAUGGGUAAAUCGUCAGGUACAUCGCAAGUUUUAG